GUCUCUCCUUACUUGUUUCUGUAAAACAUCUUGUUGUUGUUUAUCGCCGUCGCUCACGCCGAGUCGCAGCGGAAGGUUUCCAGCAUGAGCGACGAUGACGGACCGCCGCCGGUGCACGACGCACACAGGAAGCCGAAGCACCCCCUCUCCAAGUACAGCAGGGGCUACGGCGCCAAAAAAGACGCGGUGAUGACGCGCGUGGAUCCGCGAUUUGAUUCGAUGUUCGGCCGCGCCGAUGCCCGCCAGUUUGAGCAGAACUACGGGUUCCUGCGCGAGGAGGCCGAGCGGGAGGAGGUGGCGCGGCGCUUCCGUGUCAAGUGCUUAAAGUGUAUUAUCCGCCGCUGCGAGCUGGAACAGGCGGGGGAGGACCUGGACGAGUACGACCUGUCCGACUACGAGCAGGAGGUCUUCGGCGAGGAGCAUCAGCGGGAGCUGCGCGAGAUGAAGCUGACGCCGCCGCAGCAGCUCUACGCGGAGCUGGAGAAGCUGCAGCGUGAAUCGCAGCUGUACAUCGCCCGCACCCGCGACAACGCCGCGAAGGACCGCCACUCGAGCGUGAGGAAGGAACUGUUGAAGAAGGAGGUGCAGGCCGUCAAGGCGGGCACGAAGUCGAAGCCGUACUUCCCGAAGCGCGCGGCGGUGAAGAAGGCGAUGCUGGCGGACAACUUCACCCACCUGAACGAGAAGGGCGGCAAGGCGGCCGUAGAUCGCUACCUCAUCCGCAAGCGGAAGAAGUAG